CAGGGGUACCGACUAUAUUCCGGUACUUGCAACGUUGACGAAAUCGCUGGAACAGCUGAUUUAUAUUUCGCCGUUUUUUUCUUCCAGUUCCACCCCUUAACAUUCUUCCUUCCUUAAACUUAAAAAAAUUGUAAGAAAAUGGGCAAGGAAUCUCUGAGGGACCACUUAGACGGAAACGAACUUGAUUUGAGUCUAAGUAAUUUAACUAAAGUUCCCGUCAAAGAGUUGGCUGCAUUACCCAAAGCAACGCGUCUAGACCUGUCAUGUAAUCAACUAACAAGUCUACCAGACAACUUUUGCACACUGACCCACAUAGUGAAGAUCGACCUCAGUAACAACAGCCUGACCUGCCUCCCGGAAAAUAUCGGAAAUCUUCAGAAUCUUCAACACCUAGACCUCUUAGAUAACCAGUUAGAACAUCUUCCAAUCAGUUUUGCCAACCUGCGGAACCUGCGGUGGCUGGACCUUAAAGAUAACGACAAUCUAGACAAGGACCUGAAGAGAGUGGCCGGGGACUGCCUGGAUGACAAGCAAUGCAGAGAGUGUGCUAAACGGGUUGUGGCGUACAUGAGUGCUAUUCAGACUGAACUGGAAACCCAGAAACUGAAGAAGCUGGAGAAAGAAAAAAAGAAAGCAGCAGCCAGGGAGAAGAAGCAGGAAGCCUUGAGGAAGGAGAAGCAAGUCCAGAAGCAGCUUGAGCGACAGAAGAAGACGGAGGAGUAUGAGGCAGCCAUGGCCGCCAAGAGACGGAAAGAGGAGAAGAAGGAAAGGAAAAAUGCCAAAGCUGCCGGUCAAAAAGCAAAUGGUGUCCAGCACACACCUGUCAAAACCAAAUCAGGAUCCUCUUGCCUCGUGGUGUUUAUCACCCUGUGCGUCACCCUGGUUGCCUUGGGCCUGGGCAUCUACUUCUUCUGUGAGAGUGACAAGGCAAACGCCUUGUGCGUCGACCUUCAAUGGGUCAUCGACACUGUCGUCACGACAACCAAGGAACGGACACAACAGUUGAGGGAUAAAAUUGCAAGUUACAUGUAGAAUUGUAGAUCCUUCUUUGCUACUGUAAAUUUGAAUUUUACCGAUUCCAACAGAUUUAUCUUUGUUCUUACUUAAUCAUGGAUUUAAAUUGUUCCAAAUUUGACAUAUCUGGAUAUGAUUCUGUUUUACAUGUAUUCGUCAUUGAUGUCGGGCAAUGAUUGAAUAUCAAUUGUAUGUCUGUGCCACAUUGUGCAUGUUCAUCACAUUUGUAUGUUUGUACUUUUUUGAGGCAUUUUACAAAACAGAAAAGUUUUUUCUAACUAAAUCAAGUCAAAACAAUGUUUAUUUUGUGAAUUAUUUGUCCUCAUCUAUAUAUAUUUUGGAUGAAUAAGUACAGGACAGUAUCAGAAGUUAUAGGAUCUAAACUUGAGGGGUGACAUUUGUCAGGAUUUUUCCUGAUUUCAGGAUAGUUUGUCAGGAGUUUUGCUGAUUUCAGGAUUUUUUAAGAUUUUCUUUUGAAAUCUUGACUUCUGAGGUUGUACCAUAAAGAUGUUUUACUUAAAAGAAAAAAAUCAUACAGAACAAAAGAAAAGGUUAUUUUAAAGGGUGCCUUCAGGCAAAUACAAACAUAUACCAUAGACCCUAAGUUACUCAUCUGGGGCCCUCCGUGGCCCCCAAACCCUCUGCCGUUUAUUUCAUGGAAUUUUAUGUUUCUUUCCCAAUCUCGCCCAUGAGACUUUAAUUAAUCAGUUCUAUUCUUUGUAACACUCUUUGAAGACACUGAAAACAGUAAGAUUGAAGUUAAAAAGACUGUUGCAUCAUUUGCUGAGGCAUAUUUUCAAACACAACUUGCAAAUUUUCUCACUGCACAUGUGCUUGAUGUGGCCUAGUGAAUGGGGUUGGUGACUCAUGAUCAGAGGGGCAGGGGUUCGAAUCCAGCUGCUGGUCAUAUGUUGUGUCCUUGGGCAAUCCACUUCACCCCACUUGCCUCUGUCCACCCAAGUGUAUAACUGGGUACUGGCAUUAGCCGGGGUGUAACCUGCGAUAGACUGGCAUCCCAUCCAGGGGGAGUAGAAAUAUUCUCGGUUGUUUCAUGCCAAGAAAACUGGAGAUAAACGCCGGUGUCAUAUGAAAAUCCAACUCCUAUGAAAAUCAGACUCCUUUUCCCUUUCAUUGGUUUGUCCCUCGCAUGUGACAGGUCAUUCUCCUAUAUAUGAUCCUAAAAAUGGCAUUUUAUUGUACUUACGCAUGCGCAAUACUACCAAUGAGUCCACAUUUCAUGGAGUCGGAUAUUCACGCUACACCGGCCUGAUGGGCCAUAAUUGGCUCGUGACAGACUUUCUUAAUUACUUUUACAUGUGCUUGACAAGUUCAGUUCUGCGUGUAGCAAAACAUAUGUCGCCAAGUGGGAUAAGUUUCUUUUAUUCUUUUUAUCUUUUUUCAUUGAUGCUUUGUUUUAUCAUGUGCUGAAUCAGCUUCGCAGAUUCCUUCAACCCGUACUUUAUCCUUUCUUUCUUUUUUCUUUUACUUUAAAGUUUGGACUUUCUCUUAAAUGUGCUUCAUGGCCAGAUUAUUUGGUUGAAUUGCUUGAAGGAAUCUAAGACUGUCAAGUUGCAAACAUUCACCAAAAUGUUGCAAGAUCAAUUUGUUUUGUAUUUGUUAUGAUUAAGUGAUUAGUCAACUGAAUUGCUUUUAACAUUCAGUGAUCAGUGGAAUAACUGAUUUUAAAAUUGUUCAAAAGAAACACAAACUGCUAUUUUGCAGAAAGCAUGUUCAGUUGCAUAAAAUAAGUUUCUCCUAAAAUUGAAUCAAGAAGACAAAAUGAAGCAUGUGUAAUAAUUUGCCAGACACAGAAGAAAAAAAACUAUAUGCCAACAUUUGCAUAUCUUUUAGAGUUGAUUUCCAAACCAACUUUUAAUUUAAGUGCAUCAAAUGUGAAAUUUCAAAUUUAUUUUGAGUAAGUUGAUUGUUUAACUUUCUUUUCAACAUUUGCUUUCUUCCAUUUUGCCAUAUCAAAAUUAUUUUGGGGUUUAAAGCAUCAUCAAGUAAUGAAUUCCAUAUUUAAUUUACAACUUACUCCAUUGUUUAUUAAUUAACGUCAAAUAAAGAUGUUUUCAGAUGUUUAUUUUAUAAAUCAA